GCAACAAGUCACAAAUUAAAAUUAUUCUGCAUCGAUUAACAAAAUCAUCUUGAUCCUUUAUAUAUCCUUAGGCUUAAGGGACUGAAUUUGAAGCCUGAGGAUUAAUGAUUUAGAUUUCUUUUUGUUUAAUCUAUAAUUAUCUUUAUAACAAUUGUUAUUAAACGGGUUUUGUUAAAAUCUUAUGUUUCUAUUUAAACGUAGUAUUAUAAAUUUUAAUAAAUAAUUAAAAAAAUUUUAAACUUCUAAAAGCCAAAAAUUUUAUUGACAUUAAAAAAAUAGAUGACUUCAAGAAGAUUAGUGAAUUAAAAAAAUAUAAAUAUUAAAAAAUAUGGCAGCUCACGUUAUGUGUUUAACUUCAUCUGGAGGUAUUCCUAUUUUUUUACGAAAAAGAGGUGAAGGAAAUAUUAUGACUUUUUCAAAAAUGGCAUCAUUAAGCGGAAUUCAUAUGUUUUUAAAAUCACAAGAUAUUAAAUUAAAUGACACUCAAAUGCCAGAUAGAGUGAUCUCUUGGAAAGAAUAUGUUGAAUCAAUUACAUUGAUAGCAAUUGCUAACGGAACAACUAGAAAAAUUUUAGAUUAUUUUAUUGAUGCUGUAUUUAAUGCAAUGAUUUUUGUUGUUGGUAUUGAAGAAAUUAAAAACCCACGUAAUAUUGAAAAACUUAAAAAAGAUUUGCGUGCUUGCAAUACUAUUAUUGAUAGAUUAUUUGAUUGUUUGGAUAUUGGUGAAAAAACUUCUCAUAGAAUUGAAUUAAUUACAUUACCAAGCUGUAUAUUAUGCCCAGAAAAUAUUUUGCUACGAAAUAGUCUUGAAGUAUUUGUGGAGUAUUUAGAUUCUUCUUAUGGUUGUAUUCUUGUUCAUGGUUGCAUAGCAAUAGCAACUGAAAGCUGGUGGGAUUUAGAUUCUAUUGAAAUUAAAUUACUUAUAAUAUCAACAUUUAUGGAUCGAAAUAGUACUUCAUGUGAUUUGCCCGUAUUUUUACCUAAAAUGAGUCCAAAUAUAGCAUUUAGGUUGAUAACAAUAACUUUAAUUGAAGGUGUUCAAAUAUUAGCAUUAUGCGGACCAAAACCAGAUUUAGUAGAAAUUGAAAAAACAGCAAUUCAAUGCUGGAGAAAUCAUAUUGAUAUUUUACGAUCAGCUGAAAAAUGUUAUCCUUACUGUUUUCCCUCGACAAUUUCGUUGGAUCCAUCCAUAUUGGGAUUUUUAUUAAUUGAUUAUCAAACUGGUAAAUAUGUUGCUGGUAAAAAUCCAAAACCAUCUUCAAGUCAUCCCACAGGUACUCAAAAAUUGGAUAUUUUACGAUCAUUUUAUUAUCAAGCUGUUGAAGUGUUUUUAACUUCUGAACCAAAUGAUAAACAAGAUCAUGAAAAAAAUACAAAUAAAAAACCAGUUAUUAGAUCAAAAGAAACAUAUUGGUGUUUAGAGUAUCAUAAAUGUCAUGCAUUAAAAGAAAAAGAUAAUAUUAUAUGUAUUUUAUAUACUUAUACAAUACCUAUACAUACAAUAAGACUGAUCACACGUAAAACAUUAAAAACUUUAACAUCCGACAAACAAGUUUGUUGGUAAUUAAAAUAUACAAUCAUUAAAAAUUAAAUUUUUAUACAUUUUAUGUUUUUUUAUAAUAAAUUUUAAAUUACAAUUAAUUUCGACUAU